AUGCACGUUCUUCUUACCAAUGAUGACGGUCCCUUGGACGAUGCCACUUGCCCGUACAUGAAAUAUCUUGUGGAUGCCAUACUUACCCAGACUUCGUGGGAUCUCUCAAUCAUUGUGCCAGAUCAACAACGUUCAUGGAUCGGGAAAGCCCAUUUCGCCGGGAAAACGCUAACAACAUCGUACAUAUACACCAAGAUACUGACAGAAACAAAAAACAAUGCGAUAAAUGCCUUUGAAGGCCCAUUCCCUUCACCCCAAGAGAAAUUUCAGUCGCUGCCACAGUAUCAAGAAUGGACUCUUUUAGAUUCCACUCCAGCAGCUUGUGCUGAUGUGGGAAUCCAUCAUUUAUAUGGCCAAAAGGGUCCAAUUGAUUUAGUUAUAAGUGGUCCCAACUUUGGAAAGAAUUCGUCCAAUUUGUAUAUUCUUGCCAGUGGAACUGUGGGGGCUGCCAUGGAGGCAGUGACCCAUGGGGUUAAAGCUAUUGCACUUUCUUAUGCUUUCAAUAAUUUAGACCAUGAUUUCGACACAUUAAAAGAGGCCGCAAAGAUCUCAGUGAAGUUGAUCGCAAAACUUUAUCCAGAUUUGAAAGAUAAUGAAGAUGUGGAUCUAUAUUCUGUUAAUGUUCCUUUGAUUCCAAGUCUUAAAGCAGGGAAAACCCGUAUUCAUUACGCUCCAAUCUUAUUGAACUAUUGGAAUUCAAUUUACACUCCUAUGCUGGAGAAAAAUGAAGGUGGUCAGACCCAAUUUGCAUGGACUCCAGAUUUCAAGAAAGUAUACAAGGAUGGCUUGGAAGAUACAGAACACACAGACAGCAGAGUACUUCUUGAUGAGGGUGUAAGUGUAACUCCAUUAAAGGCCACUUUCAAAAUAGCAAACCCGUUAAGUGGAGAAAUUUACUUAGAUAAUGACGAUGAAAUUAACGAAAAAGAGGUUAUUGCAGAGCAAACAAGUCAGAAACAUGAUUUUGCUCUUAUUACGUUUCCCAAAUCAUCGUACAUUUAUAGACCACUUAUAGAAGCCCUUCUGAAGUAUUUCACUAUUGUCACAGAUCCCAAGAUAGCCUACGAAACGGUCGGUUCAAGAAGUAACAAGGUAGUACAUUUUGGGGAAUAUGAAGAUUUGAAUCUUGAUCUCAUUACAAGUGAUUCUGCCAAUUAUUUUGUUUGCUCUUAUAUCUAUCGUAAGGGGUUAAUUCGGAAACAUUAUUUGAGUAAUACAAUCAGAUACUAUGUUGCUAAGAAUCCAGACUCUUUAUUGAAGACCAGGUUCCCUGAUACAUAUACUUUGGAAGUUGAUUAUGCUGAGUUUUUAGAUGAUGCAUUGGACGAUGCCUAUGAGCUUCGUGAUGAGAUCGAAAAUGGUACUAAAACAUGGAUCUUAAAGCCAAGUAUGAGUGACAAGGGCCAGGGAAUUAGAUUAUUCCAAACUAUUGACCAAUUACAAGCAAUUUUUGACUCUUUUGAAGGAAAUGAUUCAGAUGGUGAAGAUGAAGGGGAAGCAGAAGAUGAUGAUAAGAAUGGUAUUAUAAUAUCUCAAUUACGUCAUUUCGUUGUACAAGAAUAUCAAACCAAUCCCUUAUUGCUAUCAGCCUACGAUAAUAAGAAGUUCCAUUUACGUGUAUACGUGGUGUGUCAAGGAGACUUAAAGGUUUAUGUUUAUCGUAACAUUUUAGCCUUGUUUGCUGAUACUCCAUUCCAAUUACCUUCUGCCAGUGACCACAGUGAGAUCGAAAGUGAUGUCAUAGAUCUUGCUGGACAUUUGACAAAUACGUGUCUCCAAGAACUGGAAGCACCGCUAGUGGUUCCAUUUUGGGAAUUAAAUGGCCUCAGCCGCACACAGCAAGAAACCGUAUUUCAACAAGUAUGUACUGUCGUUGGCGAAUUAUUUGAAGCUGCUACUAGUGUAGAUAAAAUGAACUUUCAACCUAUGCAAAAUGCUCUUGAAAUUUACGGAAUUGACUUUCUUGUGGAUGCCACUGGCCGCCCAACAUUACUUGAGGUGAAUGCUUACCCUGACUUCAAACAAACUGGUGAUGAAUUGAAACCUUUGAUUGCUACUUUGUUCGAAUCAGUAGCAACCAAAGUUGUUGAACCACUUGUUCAUGGAUUGAAAGAAUCCAAUACAUCAUCUCUUUUAGUUAAAGUCCUUGAUCAUUGA